UAUUUGAAGGCAUUCGCAUUUAUACCAUUUGGACUUGGGUCAACACUGUCAAACGCGAUUCUGAUCAUUGCGAUAAUGCGAUGUCAGCAAUUGCGCAGCAGACAUGAAAUUCAAGUGAUAUGUGCGCUAGCGUUUGCUGAUUUUAUUGAAGGUAUCCUUCUGCUUAUGUGUUUGGACGUUUCGAACAGUGUUUGUCUGUUCUAUUCAAUAUCUAUUAAACGAAUAUUUCAAUUUUUCUCAGUGGAGAAAGCGAGAUGGAUGAUAUCAUCCGAACAACGGGCAACAGAUGUUGUAGCACUAGCGACAUUGAUCGCAGGAAUCUAUCGAUCAACAGUGAUUAUAAUUGAAAGUCUGGAUGUGUUAUUCACACCUUUGCAAUGCAUGUUAUUACCACACUCAUGGGCAUGGCGUUGGUCAGAUUUUGCAACUUCGUUCAUGCUGCUCGCAUUGACACUUGAUCGACUCGUGUCAGUUUUAUUCCCAUUGAAAUACAUCUCAUGGGGACCAACAUAUCCGCGUAUUGCAAUCGGUCUGCCGUUCACACUGUCGUUAUUACUUUCAUUAGUUGCAUGGUAUCAUCCUAUUACAAUGAAAGGUACUCUAUCAAUGCUCUGUAUGAAUGUCUACUUAUCGCCGGCAUUUUAUGCAGCCUCGAAAUAUAUGACCAGUUGCGCAACUACUUUGAGUGUUAUUCUCUACGUACCAGUAGUGUUUUUGAUUCGUAAGCAACUGAAACAAGUGUCCGACAAGCUUUAUCCAACACAAGUUGACUACCAGCGUCGCGCUCAGCUUAAGAUGACCAUCACGGUUGCAAUUUCAAGUUUUCUAACGCUUUUUCUGGAUGCCAUUCCUCGUUCCAUCGGAAUUUACGGUGAGUGA